UCAGUGACCCCCUCCCAACAUCAUAUUUUGUUGUCGUUUAGGGAGGAUCAAACCUUCAUUAUGGGGCUCAUACCUCCCCAAAAAAACUCGCACUCUGGUUAAAACGUUAUUCUGCUGUUUGCGGUUUUUGCUUUCCUGUUGUUGAAGAAGGAACUGUAUGUAAACAUCAGUAAAAUUCACUGAAGGCUUUUGGACUAUGGGCACGGGUUUCGACAGAAUCGCUCUGUUUUGUGUUUUUCUUCUUAAUGGGACUUUGCGUUCAGCUCGAGCAGAGAAACACUCGCUGUAUUACAUUUACACAGGCUUGUCUAAACCUGUGAAUCUGCCGGGCAUCUAUGAAUUCACUGCUGUGGGUCUGCUGGACGACACACAGAUCGACUAUUACAAUAGUGAAGAAAGGAGGAUGAUUCCCACACAGUCCUGGAUGAAAGAGAAACUGCCGGAGGAUUACUGGGAAAAAAGCACUCAGUCCAGAGAGAGUAAAGAACAGUGGUUUAAUGUGAACGUCCCCAUUAUGAUGGACCGAAUGAGACACAAUAAAUCAGAUCUCCAUGUUCUUCAGUGGAGACAUGGUUGUGAAGUUGAGCAGCAGGGAGAUGAAGUGAAGUUUCUCAAAGGCAUUGAUGAGUUCAGUUAUGAUGGAGAGGACUUCUUGUCUUUUGAUGAUAAAGAGUCUCAAUGGGUCGCUCCAGUUGAUGCAGCUCUACCAGCCAAGAGAAAAUGGGACAAUGUGCCGAUCCUAAACCAAUACACCAAAGGAUACCUGGAGAAAGAGUGUGUGGACUGGCUCAACAAAUUCAGAGAAUAUGGAGACGAGAAGCUCAGAAAAACCUCUCCUCCAGAUGUUCAUAUGUUUGCAAAAAGGUAUAUCAAGUACAAAACCAGGCUGAAACUCACCUGCAUGGCCACUGGCUUCUACCACAAAGACCUGAAGAUGACCAUUAGGAAAUAUAACACAUCUCUGCCUGAACAUGAGACCAAAUCCACAGGAAUCAGACCAAACCAUGAUGGAUCUUUCCAGAUGAGGAACAAUCUGGAGAUCAAGGAGGGGGAUGAAAGAGCAGUAUAUUAUUGUUUGGUGUCCCACAAAUCCCUCAAAGAACCAAUUAUCAACAUAUGGGAUGGAAAAUGCUGGGACUGCCUGCCAGAGACUCCCACUGGAGCAGUGAUUGGAGCAGGGAUUGGAGCAGUGAUUGGAGCAGGGAUUGGAGCAGGGAUUGGAGCAGUGAUUGGAGCAGGGAUUGAAGCAGUGAUUGAAGCAGUGAUUGGAGCAGGGCUUGGAGCAGGGAUUGGAGCAGGGAUUGGAGUUGUGCUUGUGCUGGCAUUUUUUGGUUUAGUGGUUUUCAAAAGGAUUAAUGGUCCAGAAAGCAGAAAGAGAAUAUCAAACAUCAAUGUGAGUAGCUCUCGGGAGGAUCUUAACUCACUGGUAAUUAUAUUCAGACAGAUCCCUGCAGAGAAGAUGGUAUCUGUUCCAGAGCAGCUUCUGCAAAUCCUGGAUGAUUUGGACAGUUACAAUCUAAAGAGGUUCAAGUGGUAUUUGAAACAACGUGGGUUAGUUUCAGCCUCUCUCCUUGAGAAUGCAGAUAACAUUGACAUAGUGGAUCAGAUGGUGAAUAGUUUUGAACAAAACGGAGCUUUGGAGCACACAGUGGACAUCCUGAAGAUGAUGAAUCAAAACCAGCUUGCUGAAAAGUUAAUUAAAAACUACAAGGUAUAGAAAUGAAAAAUAUAUUUUUAAAUAGUGAUGAAGUUUUAAUAUAAUAUAGUUGUAUACAUUUUUGUAUGACAGAGACAGAGAUUUUAUUGAACCCAAGCUUUUGUUACAUGAACUCUUGUUUCCUGUUUUGUCCUGAUUUUCCCUGAUGUUUCUUAAGAUAUACUCUACUAUAAAUUGAUGUAUUAAGUUGUAUUCCAAGUACCCUGGGUGCAUUUGAAUUUAUUUGAUUCCUUUUAAAUUAUCUUUAGUCUAAUAAGCAGUUUUAUACUUUCUUUUUCUUUUUCUUCCUUAAAGGUACACAAUGUAACUUUUUUGUUCAAAGUCCUUCUUCCAAAACGUGUUUUUGUCUUACCCAGAUCUUAUCAUAAGUGUUUAUAUUUUAGACUCGUCAUAUCUGUAAAUAGAAGUUGCUCCGACUACUUUGAGUCGUGUCUGGUGUGGGAGUUGCACAGGUUAGUUGUCGCAACGAGUGAGAAAGUUUGACAUGGAACCACUAAAUCUCCAACCUCCGGGGAAUCACCUACAAAUGCAGAACAGAGGAGAGUCUGCUGAAUGCUUGUUAUAGAUUUCCAUGAAAUAGUUUCAAGUUACGUGUCGCUUCCAAAAACCUACACGUCCCAGCAUUAACACUCCAGAUAAAUGAUUUAUUAAAGUGUCUACAUUCACAAAUCAUUUUUAAUUUUAACAUGAAAACAAGCAUACUUUAUGCGUGAUUUGGCAUGGCAAAUAAUAAAUAACAAUUGCCUUGAUGCAGCAAAAUCCUGCAUUUUGACUAGGCCCAGUACCAGGAUCAAAUCACAGAGGCUGCUUCUGAAAUUAGUGCGGGUAUUACUCGUCCUUUUCUAUAGCCUAUAUGAUGAUUACUGACAGUCAUCGCAUUUUCGAGAGUGAAUUCCGCAUUCAUAUCAUAGACUGUAAAAAGUAUGGACGCAGUGUCCGUGACGUCACCUGUAGAUUUCUGAAGAGCAUUUUUGAAGCGAAAAUGAGUAAAUCUCACAAACAAAACUGUAAGCCAAUGCUACAAUCCAACACCGUGUGUUCUGUUUAUCUUCCGCAUGUGUGCACAUAUACACAGACGCACAUCUGUCUCGAGUCUCGACUAUUAACGCAGCAGUUGUAUAAAAUAAUCCAGAAAAAAGCACAAAUACGGCAGAGAUGCCAAAUUCAGCGGCUGGAAUUAGCUGAGGUAACAUGAUGGCUCACAGACAGCAGUGGCAAUCUACCUGUCACUCAAGUGACCACGCCCUUAAUUAUGCAGAACUUUAAGGCUUGAUAUAAUUGAAACAGAUGAGUUUUAAAAAAAUUCACCCCCCUCAGAGUUGUCAUGAAGGGCAAAAUCAGCUGUAUAGACCAAAACCGCAAUUUGUACCAGGCUGUAAACAUGUUUUUUCCUGCUGUAAAGUUGGACAUUUUAACAUGGGACUCAAUGAGAUUCUGUUCUCUUUUGGAGCCUGUCUCUAGCGGCCAGUCGAUGAAUCGCAGUUUAAGUCACUUCCGUAUUGGCUUAAUUAGAAACUGAGGGAGGUUGCCGCUUGAUUUAUAUGUGUCACAGUUCCCUCUGUUCCCGGACUCCAAUUCCCAAGAUCCUCCUGUUUACACACCUGCACUCACUUCCUCGUCAUCUCCCCAUCAUCACGGAUUACCUGCACCUGCUCCUGAUCAUCUGCACUCCCUUUAUAUUGGACUCACUCCCUGCACUCCUUGUCUGUUCUGUUGUUAACCCAAGUGUGUAUAUGUGUGUUUCUCCUUCUUUGUUAUUAAAUACCCAUUAUUGUGGA